UGGAACACAAAGGAGUGGAAUUCCCUGGCUGCUCUUUCCACGAAUGACUGGGUGAGGGAAUGGACUACAGCACCUGGGGAAGGGGCUCUUGGAAGGUUCCCGGAAGGUGAGAGAGGAGGAGCCCACGGUGGGGCCCACCCAGAGCUAGAGCAGGAGCCCGACUCCGGAUUCUGGAACCCACUCCCAUAAGUGCAAGAUCCGCACCAGCCCACUGCAAGGCCCUAAUGUGGGUGCGCGGGCCAAGGCUUAGCCCGCAAACAUGCUGACUCUGAUUUAGGUGUGAUCAACGAGGGAAAGUUACUCUAACAAUUGCGUUCAUGGAAAAUGUGUGUGUCCCCUCAUUUGAAAAUCGAUUUAUUUCUGGACAUUCUUGAUUCUGGGACUCUCUUCCAUCUCCCUCUCCAGAGAAUCUUACGGGAUUCUCUACUUGGUUCAGAACGCACGAGAAACACCUAGCGCUUGCCACACGGAGCAGAAGCGCAAUAAAUGUAAGCUCCUUUCCCUUAACCACUCAAAGGGGUCACUCGAGGUUGAUGCAAAGGGGCUUCUCCAGUAUAGAAGCUGAUGGGCCUCUGGUCCCUGCCUCCCCCUUCCUUCUCCAGCUGAUGACAAACACCUGGAUAUCAUAACAUCCCCUGUUGUCCUCAUCUGUUAUUCUGGGACAUAGGCUGGGGAGGGCACUGAGUAGGGCCCCUCUGACCCAGACUGGCCUUCCUUGCAAUGUGGGCUGGCAGGUACCCGUCCCGAUGACGAAUGCAGGAGGGUGAGGUACUGAUCCUGCUAGAUGGACAGGAUGCUGGCAGGAGGGUAGGAGGAGCAGGGCGGAGCUUCCAGAACAAAGGCAAAUGGGGAGCCCUGGGGGCUCAGGCUAGGCAUCAAAAAGGCUCUGCAGAGUGAGCAGGCUACAGCAGCUCUCCGUCUCUGCACCCAGCAGUCGGUCAGACAAUCCUCACCUGGUCCCUUCUGCCUGCCCAUGGCGAAUACCGAGCAACACUUUGCUUAGAGAGGCCUCGUGUCCAGCGUGAUUGCACCAACGCUGCUCUGUGGCUUUCUCUGCCUGGUGUGGGUUGCUGCUGCAGUUCCAGAGGAAAGCAGAGGGAUGGCCGGGAGUACAGCCAGGAGCUGGGAGGGCCACCGGGAGCAUGCCUUUGUCCUGGAGCCUUUUGAUGGAGCCAAUGUGGCCCCGCACCUUUGGCUGAACAGCUUUGAGGUCAUCAGUGACCUCAGCCAUUGGGACCACGCCACCAAGCUGAGGUUCCUGAAAGAGUCCCUCAGGGGAGACGCCCUGGAGGCCUACAGUGGACUCAGUCCUGAGGACCAGGGGGAAUACGGGGCUGUGAAAGAGGCCCUCCUGAAGACCACUGGGGGACCCGGGGCGGCCCACAGCUACCAGCCCAAGGAGAUCCUCUUUGCCAACAGCAUGGGUAAGGGCUACUACCUCAAGGGGAAAAUUGGCGACGUGCCCGUGAGUUUCCUGGUGGACUCUGGGGCCCAGGUCUCCGUGGUCCACCCGCGCUUGUGGAAGGAAGUCACCGAUGGCGACCUGGAUGCCCUGCGACCCUUUGAGAAUGUGGUGAAAGUGGCCAACGGGGCUGAAAUGAAGAUCCUGGGUGUCUGGGAUACAGUGAUAUCCCUGGGCAAGCUGAAGCUGAAGGCGGCUUUCCUAGUGGCCGACGCAAGUGCCGAAGACGCCAUCAUUGGGACCGACCUGCUCCAGGACCACAACGCCGUCCUGGACUUCGAGCAUCGCACGUGCACACUGAAAGGGAAGAAGUUCCGCCUUCUGCCUGUAGGAGGGUCCCUGGAAGACGAGUUCGACCUGGAGUACAUAGAGGAGGAGCUCUACUCAGAGGAGGGGCGGCAGCAGCUCUCCUAUUGAGAAGCCCCCUUUGCCUCACCCCCCAGAUACUGGCAGGAAGACCCACCACGGUGGAGGGGAUGGGCACAUAUCCUCAGUGGUCAAUCGGCUUGGCCAGCCCUCUUAUACCAACCCUCGCCUUCCUGCUCCUCCUUUGCAGGGCUCUUAAUCUGCCCCUGAUGGGGGAGGCUUCCAUGGGAAAAGGAACAGGUGAGGGAGAGCAGGCUGGCUUUCUUGGGGGGGGGGUGGCGGGUCCUCGUGGUUGUCAAGCUGCUGCUGGUGGCAAAAACUCGGAGGCUAGAAGAAGAUUCCAAGAAGGCUAGAAAUGAUUAUCUUUGGGAGAGGACUGGGGGAACGCCUUCAGGUUCCCUGAGAUGCGGCUCAAUCACCUUUGGGCCCAGGUAGCCUGUCUCGGCUGUGCUGGGUCCUGGCUGCAGGGUCCUUACAAGCAAGACCCAGCCCUCAUGGUGUGGGUCACAGCUGCCCUGGGGUUCUUCACUGUUGGGUCUUCCCACCUGCACAAUGUGUGUUUCUUUCUGUGAUUUGCUUCAAAACCCAUUGAGCCUUGUGCCAAUAAUUCAUUACUUCAAAAACCAAUAAAGUUGGACUCAUGG